CAAUUUUCACUCCACUUUAACUACCUAAACCAACACACACACAAUUACACACACUCAUACACCUUAUAUAAACACACACACAACAGAUUAGGAAGGUGAAGAAGAUGGGGCUAGACUACUACAGUAUCCUAAAAGUCGAAAAAACCGCGACCUUAGAUGACUUAAAGAAAGCCUACAAGAAGCGCGCUAUGAAAUGGCACCCCGACAAGAACAGCUCCAACAAGACCGAAGCCGAGUCCAAAUUUAAGCAGAUCUCUGAAGCUUACGACGUUCUCAGCGAUCCGCAGAAGCGUCAGAUCUACGAUCUUUACGGUGAUGACGGCGCCGCGCCGCCGCAGGACAAGGGGUUCCGCCGCCGCGACGCGGCCGAGAUUUUCGAGGAGUUGUUUGGGGGAUCGGAGGAGAAGGAGGGGAGGAAGGCGAGCGUGGUGGAGAAUAAGCUGGUGUGCGGAUUGGAGGAGCUGUAUAAGGGAUCGAAGAGGAAGAUGAAGAUUUCGAGGAGCGUGCUCGAUGAGAAUAGUAAGCUUACUACUGUUGAGGAGAUUUUGGCAAUACAUAUUAAACCAGGUUGGAAGAAAGGUACAAGAAUCACAUUUCCCGAGAAAGGUAAUCAAGAACCUGGUGUUACUCCAGGAGACCUUAUUUUCAUCGUAGACGAAAAGCCUCAUGCUGUUUUCAAGAGAGACGGGAAUGACUUGAUUAUGCAUAAGAGAAUCUCUUUGCUUGAUGCUUUAACCGGGAAGACCAUCAAAUUGACAACUUUGGAUGGAAGGGAUCUCAGGAUUCCGAUUAAGGAUAUUGUGAAACCGGGUCACGAGGAGGUGAUUCCCGAUGAAGGAAUGCCUAUUUCGAAAGAACCUGGAAAAAGAGGGAGCUUGAAAAUUAAGUUUGAUAUUAAAUUUCCAUCAAGGCUUUCGUCGGACCAGAAAUCUGAUCUCAGAAGAGUUCUUGGAGGUAGUUACUGACUAGUAUGGAGUUAAAUUACGAAGCUUGUGUUUAUCACUAACUCUGAAUGCGGUAACUACAGUGGAAGCAUGUAAAUUUUAACACUUCCACCAUUAGAAGAGCUUGUGUAUAGUAGGAAGAUGGUGCUAUUUAAUCUUCGCAAGUCCCUGUUGAAACAGAGCUUAUUUCAGCUUCGCUUUGCUCCGAGUAAGUAGCUUUCAUGUUUGGUCUGAAUCUUCAGUAGCAGAAUCAAAUGGCAAAGGCUUAUGAUUCUGAUCAACUGUAGAUUUAUAUUUUAUUUUUCUAUUUUUGUGACUGUAUGAGAAAAACAUCCUCUGUGUAUUGGUUGGUCAUUCUAUAAACGAGUUCAUAAUCAAUAUCUGUAUUACAAA